AGAAGCUGGAAUUUUGGCAUAGAACAAGAAUCCUACUGAGCUACUCAGCUGCUUCUAUUCACUUUUUGGUGUAACAUUGGAUUUGUACAUUUACUACAUUUCACCAUUAGGAGAAGCCAUGAACAUGUCCAAGUCUGUUUUCUUAAUAAUUGGAGUAGCACUAUCAUGUCUGAUAGACUUAUCUUGGCAGCAAGCAGGAGCAAACCAGAUCCAGUUACGGUUGGCCGGGUUGGGAAGGACAGCCAAUGAAGGUCGUUUGGAGGUUCUUCACAAUGGUCAGUGGGGAACUGUGUGUGAUGAUGACUUCAGCAUGGAAGUGGCCCAUGUAGUCUGUAAGCAACUAGGAUUCGAGACGGCCAUGAAUUGGGCCCACAGUGCCAAAUAUGGACAAGGAGAAGGUCCAAUCUGGUUAGAUAACGUGCGUUGCUCAGGCACCGAGAGCUCGCUGGCAGAAUGUGAAUCGAACGGUUGGGGUAUCACCGACUGCAAGCACUCAGAAGAUGUUGGCAUUCUCUGUUCGACAAGUCGACUGCGAGCCUCAGAGCAACCACAAACCAUUACUGUGCAGCACACAAAGAAAAUUGAAGAAGUUCGAAUUAAGCCUAUCUUGGCACGUGCCAAAGCAGGCAUGCCCAUCACUGAAGGUGUAAUUGAGGUGAAACACCAAGGGAGGUGGAGGCAAGUAUGUGACCAAGGCUGGACACUGAACAAUAGCCGCGUGGUCUGCGGAAUGUUGGGAUUCCCUGGUGAAGUUCAUCCCAAUGACAAAUUCUACAGGAAACUUUGGAACAUGAAGAUAAAAACUCCAAAAUCUAGGGUGAAAAUAUUAAGUCAAAAGAAAAUGUACUGGAUUCACAAAGUUUCCUGCUCAGGAACAGAGCCUCACCUAGCCAACUGCAACAUCCAGAUUUCCCCCAAAAAGUUUAAACCAGCCUGUAGGAAUGGGAUGCAUGCGGUGGUAAAAUGUGUUGCUGCCCCUCAUCUCAUCAAAAGGAAUGAAAAUAAUUACAAGAAGGGUUUUAGGGCAAUGGAGCCUCUGGUGAGACUGAGGGCAGGACCCCAUGCUGGAGAGGGUAGGGUGGAAGUGUUAAAAAAUGGGAAAUGGGGGACUAUUUGUGACGACAAAUGGAACCUCCUAUCAGCCGGUGUUGUCUGCCGAGAGUUGGGAUAUGGAUCUGCUAAAGAGGCAGUCUUUGGAGCCCAGAUGGGACAAGGUCUUGGCCCGAUACAUAUGAAUGAGGUGCUCUGCACAGGUCGAGAAAAAUCCAUCACAGAAUGUAAGUUCAAAGAGGCAAACAUAUCAGGAUGCCAACAUGAAGAGGAUGCAGCCGUGAAAUGUAACAUUCCUGAAAUGGGUUAUAGAAGCCAGUUGCGCUUGAUUGGAGGAAGGUCAACCGAAGAGGGUAUUGUGGAGGUUCUGGUGGAAAAGAAAGGCGUCAAGAAGUGGGGUGCCAUAUGUGGUGAUCUAUGGGGAAUGAAUGAAGCCAUGGUGGUGUGUAGACAACUAGGAUUUGGUUUUGCCAACCAUGCUCUUCAGGAGACGUGGUAUUGGCAAGGAACGCCUGGUGCUGGGGAUAUAAUGAUGAGUGGUGUCCGAUGUUCUGGCAGCGAGCUGUCAAUUCAGGAAUGCCGUCAUCACAGCGUUGUCCACUGUCCGCGGGGUGGAGGACGUUAUUCUGCUGGAGUUUCCUGCACUGAACAUGCCCCUGACCUCAUUUUGAAUGCCCAGCUGGUCCAGGAAACUGCUUACCUUGAAGACCGACCCCUCAACAUGCUUGAGUGUGCUCACGAGGAGGAAUGCCUCUCCAAGUCUGCAGAUGACAUGUCCUGGCCUUAUGGACAUCGUAGACUGCUGCGUUUCUCCUCACAAAUCCACAAUAUCGGGAGGGCGGACUUUGUCCCAAGGAAUGGAAGACACACGUGGGUCUGGCAUGAAUGUCACCGACAUUACCAUAGCAUUGAGGUUUUUACCCACUAUGACCUCAUGACCCACAAUGGUUCCAAGGUUGCUGAAGGUCACAAAGCCAGUUUUUGCCUAGAAGACACAAAUUGUGGAAAAGGGAUACAAAGGCGCUACGAGUGUGCCAAUUUUGGAGAGCAAGGAAUUACAGUUGGAUGUUGGGACACGUAUCGACAUGACAUUGAUUGUCAGUGGAUAGAUAUCACAGACGUGGCUCCAGGAAAUUACAUAUUCCAGGUCAUCAUAAACCCAAAACUUGAAGUGGCGGAGUCCGAUUUCCAAAACAAUGUGAUGAGAUGCAGGUGUAAAUAUGACGGCCACCGUAUCUGGCUACACAACUGCCACACAGGUGAUGCAUACAGUGCAGACUUAGAAGACAGCUUUGAGAAUCAGCAAAGACUCUUUAAUAAUCUGGUGUAGAUGUGGAUAUGUUCCUGGGACACAGAAGAUAAACCUCUAACAAACUAUGGACCACUUUGGCUAUUUGCCUUCCAAUUUAAGACUUGUUCACAACACUACCAAAUGCGGUGCUCUACCAGGUUUGACUUUGACAUCAUUGGAUGACCAGUUUACUCAGAUUUUCAUAAAAUAGUAAUUGGAGGCUUGGAUGCCUUCUAGAGAUGUGUGUCAUAUUAGUCUCUCUCACCCAGCUCAAUGAUUUGCUGCCUUCAUACUCAGGAAAGAGAAAACUGAUCAAAUGUGACAUCAUAGUUUAACAUUGAGCUCACAGGACACCAUGAACCCUGUAACACAGUCAUACUACGUUAGUUAUUUAA